UCUGCCGCCAGCCCCAGAGACGAGGAGUGGCCAGAAGCGGAGAAAGCUGAGAAGUUGGCAAGAGGAGCCGCUCUGAAAUGGGCUUCAGGGGUGUUUUACUGCCCCGAGAAACUGGAGGGGCUCGGGCAGUACCGGAGCCGAGAGACGCAGAGGAACAGCUCCAUCCAGUCCCGGCUGAAGUCAACUGUCCAGUCCUACCUGGAGGGGGUAAGCACGGGACUGGAGCAGCUGCAGUUGGCAGCCCAGGAGGUGCAGAGCGUAUGCCAGGACCUGGGGGCUGCACGGUGGGCCUUGCUCGACAGCGCGGACCGCUUCCAGGGCCUCCAGCAGAUGCGGGCACUGAUGGCGGAGCACGUGCAGUUGGCCUCGGUGGUCCAGGUACUGCCCCAGCUCUUCUCAGUCCACGAGGUUUUUUCCCAUACCCUGCAGCUGCUCCACGGGCAGCACCUCUUGGAGGCCCAUGCGGAGCUGAUGAUGAUGGAGCACCUCAGGGACGACAUCCUCUCCCGGCUGCACCUCCGCGGGCUCUCCAGUGCCCAGGCAACUGUGCUGUCCUACUUCAGUGGCCUGCAGGAGCUCAAUGAGAGCCUGGCCAAGCAGCUGUGGGACAUCGUGGGCAGCAGCCUGCGGCUGGUGCGCGAGGACCCGGUUCUUUUCGUCACGGCUGUAAGGAUCAUCGAGCGGGAGGAGAAGAGAGAUGAUGCUCUGCUCCUGGAGGCCACCUUCCUUCCCCCUGGCCGCCCAAAGGGCUGGAGACAGAAGUUUUACCACGUUCUCCAGGAGACCAUCACAGGAGCGCGCUUUCAUGCCGCCCGCAUGGAUGCUGAGGGGCCAGGGCUGGCCAGGCACCUGGCAGCGCUGCAGAAGGACAUUGUGUCUGAGCUGUGUGUGGUGAAGGACCUGAUGGUCCAGUGCGUCCCAGCUCACUACAACAUCCUCAGCAUCUGCACUGCCACCUACCACCGGGCCCUCACCAGCCACCUCCAGGACAUGCUCCGAGAGGACCUGGACAAACAGGCGCUCUUCCUCCUCCUCGAGUGGGCGCUUUGUGUGUACCACAGCCCGCAGAUGAUGGGUCACCCUGACCUUCUCCCAGAAGUGGACAUUUCUGCGCUGGGCCCCUUGAUGUCCCCAGAGCUCGUGGAUCAGACAGAGAGGAAAUACGUGGUGAAAGUCAAGGCUAGCGUGCUGGAGUGGAUGCAGAGGACCCUGGAAGUGGAGUUCAAGGAAUGGUUCAGGGAAGAGGAACCUGAGACAGACCAUCAGGGCUUCUUCCAGUCAGCCCUGCCCGUCAUUGUCAUGCAGAUGCUGAAUGAGAAUAUCCAGGUAGCUUCCCUGAUCACCGAGUCUCUGCAGCAGAAGGUCUACAACAUGGCCUUGGAGGAGCUCGAGGCAUUUCUGGGCCGUCUGCGGGAAGCCCUAGUGCAAUGCGGGAAGGAGCACCAGAAGGACCGUACCAUACCCAAGUACUAUGUCUCCUACUUGCUGGCCAUGCUCAACAACAACCUGGCUCUCAGCUCCUCUGUCUCCUCCCUGCACCCCAACCCUGCCCGCAGAGAAGUCCCCACGUCCCUCCAGGCUGCUCUAGACAGGACACAGAAGAAAGCCUGCCAACUGCUGAUGGAGGAGCUGCUCCUGGACCUGCAGCCCCUCUACCUGCAGCUGUCUUCCCGCAAGUGGCUCUCUGGGUCCCAGCUCGUCAGCAGCAUGUGCGAAGUGAUUGAUAAGUACACAAAGGACUUCUCCCGCGUCAGGAAACCCAUCUUCAUGCUCCUGCUAACGGAGAGCGAGCUCCUGGUAGUGAGCCAGUACCUGCGGGCGCUCAUGCAGAAGAAGAUGGUGUGCAAGAGUGAGGAGGAGCGGGGCCAGCUCUGCGACCGCCUGCUGCAGGAUGCCUCGCAGCUCCGGGAGCUCUUCUGUGGCCUGGGUCUGGACCAGAGCCAACAGUGCCUGGAGGCUGUGCUUGCCCUGCGGGAGCUGAUCUGCCUCAAAGACCCAGCACUGCUCAGCCUGGAGGUGUUGGGCUUCAUCACCAAGUACCCUGACGUCAGCGAUGAGCACAUCACCACCUUGCUGGACCUGCGGGGUGAUGUCUCCAAGGAGGUGCGGCACAUGGUGCUGGAAAUGAUGGCGCAGCACCCCCAGGUCCUGCCCGAGAGCUACCGGCCCAUCUUCAGCACCAUCCUGAUCCCCGCGCCAGAGCUGCCCUUCUGCCUUCGCAAGGGCAAGUGUGCCUGACACGGCGUCCCACUCCCUGCUGCCCCCGUGGACAUACAGACCACGCAGGACAUCGCUGAAGCUGCGCGUGGGAAGGGAGAUGGCACACAGCAUCCCCUAUGCGCAGCACCUUGCCCUUUGUAGGGGACAGUCUGGAUACGUGCUGUCCUCUGGUCUUGCCUCUCUGAGCCAACUGUCCCCUACAAGCACCAGCCCCAGGAGACCUGGGUCAGGAGAAAAUCAACCCCUAGCUCUUCUGCUGGCCUGCUGAGGCAGCAGUUGGGGGCUGCUCAGGUCUGACCUGUGGCCUGCAGGAGAAAGAGAUGCUGCAGAGCAAAGGGCAGGGGUCUGCAGCUGAGGGCGAGUCCACGUCUCUGUGGGGCUGCAGAGAUAUUUGGGUUUCCCUGAGUCUCCAGCCAGCCUGCUGAGCCAGUACAGCCUGGCCAUGGAGUCUGAUAUCACCCCAGCUCUGAGACAGACCCCAGCCUUGCUAAACCCAGGCUUCCAGGAGGGUUUUAGCCAUUUGAGGUCUUCCUCCUAUUUGGCUCAGCCCAGAGGGCUGGCAUUGCUUCUCCACCAGCCUGGGCUCACAGCCACAGGGGAGACGGGCACAGGGGGGUCUCGCCACCCUGGGUAGGGCCCUCAGCCCUGUCCAU